UAAGGGGCAGAGAGGAGGAUGUUGCUGGCGCAUUUCAGGAGGACGCUGUCAUGAGCCGCCGGUUGGUGCUGCUGGUGAGUUUCGGGAUCGCGCUUUUGGCAUGUUCCCGCUGCGGGCAGGCUCGCGUCGGUCUGAAUUCCGUCAGUACGGAGAUCCUCGGGGACGGGGACGCUCUGCCGAUGAACAGGAGCGCGUGGGAGCCGAAAGCGGACCUGACGGUCUACCAGUGCAUGAGUGACCUGGAGUGCAGAGAGGGGAACUACUGCCACACCUCCUCAAGACGCCCUGCCCACUCCCACUGCAAGACUUGCCGCAGAAGGAAGAGGCCCUGCCUCAGGGACACAAUGUGUUGCCCCGCCAACCGCUGCAGCAACAAUAUUUGUGUUCCUGAUGUGGACGGCUUUGUGUCUGAGAGGAAUCCAAACACCGAUGGAGCUCUAAGUCCGCUAACCAAAAAGAAAGGAAGGAAGAAGGAAGCCAAAGGAUCCCCUGGCAGAAAUCAGGUCGGAAAUCCUUGCUUGCGCUCAUCUGAUUGCUUGGACGGUCUGUGUUGUGCCCGUCACUUUUGGACUCGCAUCUGCAAGCCCAUGCUACGUGAAGGACAGGUUUGCACGCGACACCGACGCAAAGGGAACCAUGGUCUAGAGCUGUUCCAGCGCUGUCCCUGUGGAGACGGACUCAUCUGCCGGACACUGCGAGAACCUGGUACCCAGCUAGCUGCAGUGUCAGGGUUCAACUUCUCGGCAACCUCAUCUCGCUACUCCUCGGGACUGUCUUCAGGUUCUCCAUCAUCAGCAGUGUCCAAGGCAAGGCUUCACGUGUGUCACCGAACUAAAUGA